AUGCAGCAGCUCAAACAACACCAACUCUACUAUGACAACCACAGCUCCUACAACUCCAACUGUAGCUUCUUCCACAAGAACAAGUGCAACCCCUACUACUGCAACCACAACAGAAGCUUAUUCUACAACAACUGUAGAAGCUACGACUACCACAACAACAUCCCCUACGAGAACUGCAGCUCCUACUACAACUACCCUCCUACUAAAACCACUGGAGCUUCUACGGCUACUACAACAGCAGCAGCUCUUACAACAACAACUGAAGCUGCUUCCACAAGCACUACUGCAGCCCCUACAGCAACCACAAUUGAAGCUUCUUCUACAACAACUAUAUCACCUACGACAACAUCCACUACUUCAGCCCCUACUGCAACCACAAUUGAAGCUUCUUCUACAACAACUAUAUCACCUACGACAACAUCCCCUUCGACAACUGCAGCUCCUACUACAACAACUGUAGCUGCUUCCACAACCACUACUGCAUUACCUACUGCAACCACGACUGCAGCUUCUUCCACAACCACUACUGCAGCCCUUACUGCAACCACAACUGAAGCUUCUUCUACAAUAACUAUAGCACCUACGACAACCACAACAAUCUCCCCUUCGACAACUGUAGCUCCAACAACACCAAUCACAACUGAAGGUCCUACUACCAUUUUAACUCAUACGACAACCACAACUGUAGCACCUACAGGAACCACAACAACAUCUGAAGCACCUACGACAACCACAACAACAUCCUUUUCGACAACUGCAGCUCCAACCACUGUAGCUCCUACAACUACAACAACUGGAGCUCCAACAACCACUACAACUGCAGCAGCUCAAACAACACCAACUGUAGCUGCAUCCACAACCACUACUGCAGCCCCUAUGGCAACAACAACUCUAGCUCAUACAACAACUCCAGCUACAAUAAACAAGUGCAGCCCCUACUACUGCAAACACAACAGAAGCUUCUUCUACAACAACUGUAGAAGCUACGACUACCACAACAACAUCCCAUACGAGAACUGCAGCUCCUACAACAACUACCGUAGCUCCUACGGCCACUACAACUGCAGCUGCUCCAACAACAACUGA